UACAUUUUACUAUUAUUUCAAAAAAGGUACUGCAGUGUGAAUCUCGAUCACUUGGUGUCAGUGUAAUGACAAAUAAUGUUUUCACAUGUUUUCGUCAUAGCCACUAGACCCAUCCCCUUCUUCUAAAACCAUCACUGACAGAGCCAUUUACGUGCUCACGGCUUCCAUACAGAAUUUAGCUCUAAAAAGUCUAAUGCUGUGUUGGAGAAUGGUUGGAUUAUGGCAACGAAUGUGACGGAGGAAUUUUACGUUAGUGUACCAGUAUAGCCCUUUGAAAGCUGAUUUUAUUUCAAAUGUCCGAUCUUUACAUCAUGGAACAAAGACGACGCCAGUCAUGCAGAGAGCGGACAAAGUGGGUUGCCUAUAUCGUGAUGUUGUUUAUGUUUUGCACCAGAGCUUCAGGACAAUACCGUUAUUCAAUCUCCGAGGAAGUGAAAGAAGGAACAGUUGUUGGUAAUAUUGCUAAGGAUUUAGGUCUUGAUAAGACCACACUGAAAGAGAGAGGGUACCGUAUUGUCUACGGCACGACAGAGCCUCCUUUUCGAGUAAAUCGAGACGACGGGAUAUUGUAUGUGAAGCGAACAAUUGACAGAGAAGAAGUGUGCGACCGAAGCAAGGUUUGUGUAAUUGACUUAAAGACCGUGUUGGAAAACCCUCUGGAGGUCCACUAUGUAGCAGUGGAAAUCCUGGAUGUAAACGACCACGAACCAAGUUUCCCCGAAAAUGAAAAGAUAUUAGAGAUCCCUGAAUCUGCACUGCCAGGAGCAAGAUUUCAGCUGCAAGCUGCGCGUGAUGCUGAUAGUGGUUCAUUAUCCGUUCAGCAGUAUACCUUGAGUCAUAAUGAACAUUUUCGUUUGGAGGUGAAAGAUCGUGGUGAAGAUCGCAAAACUCCUAGUUUAAUUCUUCAAAAGCCACUUGAUCGAGAAUCUGUUCAGUCCCAUGUGUUACUCCUGACAGCCAUUGAUGGAGGUAAACCUCCACGAUCCGGUAACAUGACAAUAAUUGUUGAUGUCUUUGAUGUGAAUGAUAAUCCCCCAGUUUUCACUCAGGAUUCUUACACCGUGCAGCUAAAAGAAAAUUCUCCUGUUGGUACAACAGUUAUUCAAGUUAAUGCAACAGAUUUGGAUGACGGUUCAAAUGGUGAAGUCGUUUAUUCAUUUGGCAAUGAUGUGGAUGCACGGGCACGUGCACGUUUUGAUUUAAAUUCGGUGACUGGAGUACUUACUGUGGCAGGGUCGAUAGAUUUUGAAGAAUGUAGCAGAUACGAAAUUGACAUCCAGGCAUCCGACAAAGCUGCAGCUACACUUGCUACAGAGAAAAGCGUCAUUGUUCAUAUUGUUGAUGUAAACGACAACGCACCGGAGAUUGAAGUGACAUCUUUUUCACAUGCUCUUCCGGAAGAUUCAAAACCAGGAAUCACAGUGGCCUUGAUUAGUGUUAAAGAUUCGGACUCUGGUCUGAAUGGGCAAGUUAUGUGUUACAUAAACCGAGAGCUUCCAUUUACAAUCACGCCAUCUUUACAAAACAACAUGUAUUCUCUGGUAACCAAAUUGCGUUUGGAUAGAGAGCAGCAAUCGCAAUAUGUUGUAACAAUUGUUGCUAAAGAUGCAGGUGAACCAUCCUUAACAUCAGACAAAACAAUAAACAUUGUUGUGUCAGAUGUGAAUGAUAACAGGCCAGUGUUUUCACAGAACCCAUACACGUUUUACUUAACUGAGAACAACAACCCGGGAGCAUCUAUUUUAUCAGUGACAGCCCGCGAUCAUGACGAAGGUAGUAAUGCCCUUAUUUCAUAUCAUAUAUUAAGGGACAGAGGCGGAGAGCAUUUGCUUACAUCCUUUCUCAACAUAAACUCUGAAAACGGAGACAUUUUGGCGCUAAAAUGUUUCGACUUUGAAACUCUGAAAACGUUCCAGUUCCAAGUUGUUGCCUCCGAUUCUGGAACUCCGUCACUGAGCAGCAACGUCACAGUGAACGUGUUCAUUCUGGAUCAGAACGACAACGCUCCAGUCAUCCUGUAUCCAGUCAGCUCUAACGGUUCUGCUGAAGGUGUGGAGGAGAUUCCCCGCAAUGUGAACGCAGGACACUUGGUGACUAAAGUCAGAGCCUAUGACGCUGAUAUAGGAUAUAACGGCUGGUUACUCUUUUCACUGCAGCAAGUCACUGACCACAGUCUCUUUGGUUUGGACCGCUAUACAGGACAGAUCAGAACACUUCGCUCCUUCACAGAGACAGACGAGGCUGAGCACAAACUGCUCAUACUGGUCAAAGACAAUGGGAACGUGUCGCUCUCAGCAACAGCUACUGUGGUGGUCAAACUUGUGGAGCCCAAAGAGGCUUUUGCAGCUUCUGAUGUAAAAAGUUCAGCAAAAGAUGAGGAGGGGACCGAUGUGACUUUUUAUCUGAUGAUAACUUUGGGCUCAGUUUCUGUACUUUUUCUCAUCAGUAUCAUCGUGCUGAUUGCAAUGCAGUGCUCCAAAACCACAGACUAUACUUCUAAAUAUCUGCAAGAGACUAAUUAUGACGGGACACUGUGCCACAGCAUCCAGUACAGAUCUGGAGAGAAACGGUACAUGUUAGUUGGACCCAGAAUGAGCAUAGGAUCUACUAUAGUCCCGGGCAGCCACGCGAAUACACUAGUGCUCCCUGACAGGAGGAGGGGAUCUGGAGAGGUAAGACAUUAAGAAAUAUGUUUAGGAUUCAUUUCUUUUUUUGGUUGCCUUUUUCUGGAAGUUUCUUCUUAUCUUGUCCGUAAAUAUCAUUCACAGCAUACUCAAACAUAUACUUUUUGUUAAGUGUGUUAUAUUAUCUACAAAUGUUAAUGAGUUUGUUAAGUUUCUUCUGAAUUCUAUCCUUCAUUCAUCACACUAAGAGCUUGUUUAUUAAGAAAGGGAUGCAACAUUGCAAAUAAAUAGGAUCAGCAAAACAAAGAAUUUAUAAUCAGGUUGGGGUAAUAUGUGGGCAUUAAGUUUCUCAAUGUUUGGUCUCAGAUUAAUGCAACUUCUAACCAACAAUUGAAUGACAGUUUGAAAAUGUUGCAGUUUUCUUUUGAGUCUUUUGAGUAGUAUGUAUGGACCUACCCAGUGAAAAAGAAAUAUACUUAAGUAGCACUUUUUUUGGAUGCACUUAUCAUAUUUUAAUUGUACUAUACUAAGUGUAU